AUGGGAACUGUUAUCGACUCCCAUUUCUUAGGCCUAACUGCCAUUGUCACUGUGGGGUAUCAGUUUUUGUUCUUUAUAGUCACAGCCCUUCUCAAAUUCCAUAAAGUCACGUACUUUGCAGAUAGCACAAAUUUUGCGAUAAUUGCGAUAUUGACUCUGAUUCUGAAAGGCACAUGGAAGUUUAGACAGAUAGUCUUGACUUCGCUUGUAUUCAUAUGGUGUCUUCGCCGCGUAUUGUUUCUGUUUACUUGGUUUCAUUUUUUAGAGUUGACUCCACAAAUCCUCAGGAUCUUGCGGUUGAGGCAGUAUACAUGUUUGGAUUAUUUGUGUCGUAAUUUUGUAAAGCUGGCUUUCGGGAUACUUCAGGCUGUCUGGGUGUGGACAAUUAUCUUGCCUGUCACAGUACUUAAUUCAAGCUCAAGAAAUCCAUCUCUCCAGGCUGUGGACAUAGUUGGCUGGAUUAUGUGGUCAGUGGGUUCUUUACUUGAAGCAAUAGCUGAUCAGCAAAAAUUGGUAUUCACAAACUCUCUAGAAAAUAGAGGGAGAUGGUGCAAUGUUGGACUCUGGCAAUACUCUCGUCAUCCCAACUAUUUUGGCAAGAUUCUCCUAUGGUGGGGAAUAUUUGUGGCUUCCACACCGGUACUAGAAGGUGCAGAGUGGCUUGUAAUCCUUGGGCCAAUCUUCCUCACAUUGUUGUUGCAUCUUUUCGUCACUAGCAUACCAUUUCUUGAGUGUAUUUUGGAAGAAAAAGUAGCUGAGAUUAACACAUUAUGUUGCAGCCCUCUAAUUCUACUGCCACCAGCUGUAUAUGGGAAUUUGCCCUUAUGGUUCAAAGCAACUUUCUGCUGUAAUCUUCCACAAAUAGAUUCAAACAGUGUUUCCAAUGCAAAUGUUUUGGAGGCAAAUGACUCUGUAGCGACGUAUUAUAUAUAUGUUUGUGGUGCUUUAUUGUUGUAG